GCAGGGGACUCACUCACGCUAAUCAUUUCAACAAAUGGCACCUGUCCUCUUUCAAAGGGAAAGCCGGGAGGCCACGACGGAGCUGCUGUAUCCUGGUGCGCUCAACUCCAGUCUGUUUAGGAAACAGGAAAGUCUACAACCUGCUCACCCGGCGGCUUUCCGCACAGACACGCAGAGAUAUACAAUCAAAUCAACCGGAACAGAUAAGCAGCAAGUGUUCGUCAGUUUUAGGUCGGGCCAGCGCUGUCACAACCCACCUGCUGCCACGUGGGUCCUGGAGGACAAUGGCCAGAGCAGCCUUGAGACACCGAUUCUGAAACAUGCGUUUGUUCAUACGCCGGCGCAUGUCCCCCCUGAAACUAGCGCUCCUUGGGGGGACUCUCUUCAUGGUGAUCCUGGUGGUUCUCCAGAGGGAUGUUGGCUCUUCACCUGCGGGGGACCCCUGGUUUCAAGAGCUGGUGGACAAGAAGGACAAGAUGAUGGUCAUGGUUCGAGAGGCUGUCAACAACAUUGGCUUUCAGAUUGGAGCUCCACAGCAGCCACCAGUGCAGGAGCAGCCCACCCAGAACGUCAACUGCCCCACUGGAUUCUACAGUCAGUCUGAGCUCAAGCCUCAUCUGGAGAGACCACUGCAGGACCCCGCAGCCUUCGGGGCUGAUGGGAAGCCAUUUCAGAAAGACCAUAUGACCCCAGAGGAGGAGAAGGAGAAGGAGGAGGGCAUGACAAGGCACUGUUUCAACCAGUUUGCCAGCGACCGCAUCUCGCUCAGCCGUAGUCUUGGGGAUGACACAAGGCCUCCAGAGUGUGUAGACAGGAAGUUUCGUCGCUGUCCCCCACUGCCCACCACCAGUGUUAUUAUAGUCUUCCAUAAUGAGGCUUGGUCCACCCUCCUCAGGACGGUCUACAGCGUCCUGCACACGUCUCCCGCUAUCCUGCUGAAAGAGAUCAUCCUGGUAGAUGACGCCAGCGUUGCAGAGCACCUGAAGACUCAACUGGAGGAAUACAUUCGUGAACUGAAGAUCGUCCGAGUAGUGAGGCAGCUGGAGAGGAAGGGCCUCAUCACAGCUAGGCUACUGGGCGCCAGUGUUGCUCAGGGCGAAGUGCUCACCUUUCUCGAUGCACACUGUGAGUGUUUCCACGGUUGGCUUGAGCCCCUGUUGGCCCGCAUUGUUGAAGAGCCCACUGCUGUGGUUAGUCCAGAGAUCACCACCAUUGACCUCAACAACUUUAAGUUCAACAAGCCCGUGGCCACCAGCCGUGCUUACAACCGAGGUAACUUCGACUGGAGCCUGACUUUCGGCUGGGAGGCAAUCCCUGAAGAUGCAAAGAAGCUGCGGAAGGAUGAAACCUACCCUGUAAAGACACCGACAUUUGCCGGAGGUCUCUUCUCAAUCUCAAAAAAGUACUUUGAGCACAUUGGAACAUAUGAUGACAAGAUGGAGAUAUGGGGCGGUGAGAAUGUGGAGAUGUCAUUCAGGGUGUGGCAGUGUGGUGGUCAGCUCGAGAUCAUACCGUGUUCUGUGGUGGGCCACGUCUUCCGCACCAAGAGCCCACACACCUUCCCCAAGGGCACAGAGGUCAUUACUCGCAACCAGGUGCGCCUGGCUGAGGUCUGGAUGGAUGACUACAAGACUAUCUACUAUCGCCGCAACAAGAAUGCGGCAGUUAUGGCCAAGGAGCAUAAGUACGGGGACAUCUCUGAUCGUAUAAAUCUGAGAGAGAGGCUGCAGUGCAAGAACUUCACCUGGUACCUAAACACAGUCUACCCAGAGGCCUUCAUUCCAGACUUGACUCCAGUAAAAUUUGGAGCAAUUAAAAACACAGGAUCUCAAACCUGCCUGGAUGUUGGAGAGAACAACCAGGGAGGAAAACCUGUGAUCAUGUACCAGUGUCACAACAUGGGAGGCAACCAGUACUUUGAGUAUACAUCUCAUAACGAGCUGCGUCACAAUAUUGGAAAGCAGCUGUGUCUUCAUGCCACACCUCAAAAAGAGCCAGUGAAGAUCGAGCUAUGCCAGCUGAAGGGGAAGGGCACCAGUUUGGCGCCACAACAGGAGUGGAUCUUUACAGAGGAAAAUCUUCUGAAGAAUCCCAGCAGUGGGAAAUGUUUACGGCUGCAAGGAAGCAUUAUUCAGAUGGACCAGUGUAAUGCUGCUGACCUCUUCCAGCACUGGUCCUUCAGCUGACCUCCCAGUCUGAUCAUCAUGUGACCUGUGGCACCUUGUGUCCCCUUCCUCACACUUUGCUCCAGGGAGCCACCUCAACAUUGAUCCAGUGGGACUUGGCCAUGGAGUCUGAGGCAUUUGGCCAUACUGAGCGGACAGUUAAAGAUGGAGGACAAAGUAAAGACAGUCACAUUUGUUGAAGACGCUUGGGUUGGCCUUAACUUGUUUUAAAUUAUUUAUGAUGAAAACUCAGGAAAGACGUUUAAAGGUGGUUGGGAUCUUCAGAUAGAGUGUGGACUUUGCACUCAGGAGUGGCAGCUUGAUUGUGGGACAACGGCUGUGAACUGCAUUGAUCUUAAUUCAGUGCAUUUAUUUACACUCCAACCUGGAAAAUCACUGUUUAGUGACUUUUUUGUCUGACAAUUAAUGUUGAAAUGUGAAAUUAUGCACAAAUGUUACUAUGGAGUAAGAAAUUUCUGUUUUUUAAAUAAAAAUUCUACUUUGUUGUGUCAGAUAAAUGA